AUGAUGGGAGGACUAUUGAACAUUAAGAAGAAGGGUCAAUGGACCAGGACUCGACCAAAGGAUAGAAGAGUUGCUGUAUCACCGAAUGACCAGCGGAUCGUCCCGCUGGACAUACCCCUAUUCAUCAGCAUCAUCUCGAAUAGAACGCUAACCGUUAUCGAGCGGCCGAAGGUCACUCUACCUAUCGGCGCACUUUCUCUAUCAUACAUUCCAAAUUUUCGCUUUUUAUUGAUGUGGUCUGUCAAAUAUUCCAUUCCUCAUUCUGGAUUGGAUUUUCGAAUUUCGCUGAAAUAA